AUGGCUAGCUUCGCUUCACAGAUUUCCCUUCUUUUGUUGUUUCUGUUAUUUGCAACAACAUUAAACAGGGUGAUGAGUUGCAAUGAAAAUGAUCAAAGGUUGCUUUUAAUCUUCAAACAAGGAGUGGUUGAUCCAACCAACCAACUCUCAUCUUGGAGUGUUGAAGAAGACUGCUGUUUAUGGGAGGGAGUUCACUGCCACAACAUCACCGGAAGAGUCACAGAGCUUUCUCUCUUCAAUCAUUCAUUAGGAGGUGAGAUUAGUCUGUGUGUGCUUCAACUUAAAUUUCUCAACCACGUGGACUUGAGCGACAAUGACUUUGAAACUGUGAGUAUGCCACCAUGCCAAAUCUCCAAAUCUCCCUUUGAUGCUCACAAUUUUCACAACCAAUCACUUGCUACUCCUUCCAAUCACUCUGCAAGUUUCUCUGUUGCUCUGCGUUAUCUGAACUUUUCAUAUAAUCAUGGUUUAGCCAUAAAUGACCUUUAUUGGCUUUCUCAACUUUCUUCCUUAAAAUAUCUUGACCUUAGUGACAGUGAUAUUGGAGAUGAUACCAAAUGGCUCCAGCAUAUAGCCAUGCUUCCUUCACUCUUUAAGUUACACUUAAGUGGGUGUAGACUUAGAGAUUUUCCAUCCCUUGAUUAUAUCAAUCUUACCUCACUUGAAGUUCUUGAUCUUUCUUAUAAUUAUUAUAUGGUGGAGUCAAAGUUACCUGAUUCAUUUUUUAAUAUCACCCAUCAAAUCCAUCAUCUUGACCUUGGUUUUUGCAAUUUCCAUGGCCAAUUACCAAAGUCCUUGCUCAAUCUUCAGAACCUCAAGUAUUUAGAUUUUAGUUUUAAUAAUCUUGAAGGAUUGAUUUCAGAUUGGUUAGGCCAAUAUGAACAGUUGCAAUACUUGGAUAUCAGAGGUAAUUUGUUUGAUGGCGUAAUUCCAUCAUUUCUUGGAAACAUUUCUUCCUUGCUCUACUUAGACUUGUCCUGCAACCAAUUGAGUGGCAACCUUUUAGAAACCCUUGGACAACUCCGUAACUUAAAUCUAUUACAUGUUGGACACAAUUCCUUGGUGGGUGCUCUUACUGAAAAGAAUUUUGCUAAUCUCUCAAAUUUAAUAUCACUGGACUUAAGUUCAACAAGUUUUGAAUUUGACAUUGAUCCUAAAUGGGUCCCACCUUUUCAACUCAAGGCAUUGUAUUUGGGUAACACGAGCAUAGGUCAUAAUGUUUCACCAUGGCUAUAUACACAAAGGUCUUUAAGUGAUUUGAAUAUUUCAGCAUCAGGAAUUUCAAACAUUGAUGCAGAUGUAUUUUGGAGCUUUAUAUCAAGAAUUGGUAGAGUUGAUAUUUCAAACAACUUGAUUGGUGGUGAUAAUAUAUCCAAUGUCAUUAUAUCAGCAAAUAUGUCCUACUUUGAUGCAUCUCACAACUCUUUGUCAGGAUCUAUCUUCUCAUUAUUGUGCCAUCAAGAGAGUGAAAAGGAAACCAACUUGGAGGUGUUGGAUUUAUCACAUAAUAAUUUGAGUGGAACACUUCCCGAUUGUUGGAACAAUUGGAAAAAAUUAAAAUACCUUAAUUUGGGGAGUAACAAGCUAACAGGUAAAGUCCCUCCCUCAUUGACUUCAUUGAAUCUUUAUAAGUUGGAUUUGAGUGACAAUGGUUUCUUUGGAAAAUUUUCAUUAGACAAGCUAAAUUGGACAAAUUUGGAAUACUUGCUUUUAGACCGAAAUAAGUUUUCUGGAAGUUUGCCAAUUCCAAUGGCGGAGAAUUUGGGAAUUAUUAAAUUGAGGACCAAUCAAUUUACUGGCAAUAUUCCAACAAUCUUGUGCGAACUUUCUUAUUUGAACAUAAUCGAUCUUGCUGAAAAUAAGCUUUCUGGAUCUAUACCUCACUGCCUACGCAUCAUCGAACAUCUACCUGAUCUUCCUUUUUGGGCCAAACAUCUACCUUAUAUCAUAGAUCAGUCUAUUGCAAUAGUGCACAUAUUUACUAAAGGAAGUAAAUUAGCCUAUCAAGUUGAUAGUUUUCUAAGUUUUGGACGUGGCAUUAUUGAUCUUUCUGCUAAUAGCUUGUCUGGAGAAAUUCCUGAAGAACUGGUUAGUAUGAGUAAAAUAUUAUCCUUGAACUUGUCUCGAAACUAUUUGACUGGAAAAAUUCCUAAAGAAAUUGGAGGCAUGAAAUACUUAGAAUCUCUUGAUCUCAGCUACAAUAAACUUCUCGGAGAAAUUCCUUCAACCAUCUCUAAUUUGUCAUUUCUUGCUUAUUUGAACCUCUCAUACAACAAUUUCAUCAGGCGAAUUCCAUCGGGAACCCAAAUUCAAAGUUUUGAUUCUUGGAGUUUUCUUGGCAAUCCCGAACUUUGUGGAGAUCCUCUUCCAAAGAAGUGUAACAAAAAGGAAGAAACUCAUGGCUCAAAGCUAGCUGAAGAAGAUGAAGAUGACAGCUUUCUAAAGUCAUUGUAUCUUGGCAUGGGGGUUGGAUUUGCAGUGGGCUUUUGGGGAGUUUGUGGUUCUCUCUUCCUUAUCAGAGCAUGGAGACACAAAUUUUUCCGAUGGUUUGGUCACUUGACAGAUCAACUUUAUGUUGCCUUGGCCCUCUGUUUCAAAAGCUUUGGUUGA